AUGCUGGAUGAUGGCAUUCGUGCGCGAUGUCCGGCAGAGGCCGAUCCCUACAGACGGAAGACAGCACUGCUGAUUUUUCUCAGGGACCUUGCUUUUUCCAACAGAAUUGGUCCUCUGAAUUGUGAGAUUGUAUCUUUCCCCACAGGACUCAAUAGACUUCUUAAUGACAAAGACAAAAAGCAGCUGUCCACCUUAUUCUCUGAGCCGACUCAGCUCUUCCAGGGAAGAAGGUUGCUCCUCCAUGGCCUGGACGUUCUCCAAGUGCCUCCUAGGGUCCUUUUCUGCCAUGGAGACAUUAGGUGGAAGAGCCCCUACUCCGGAGAGGAGAAGCUCUCAGUCUACCCCCAAGCCUCAUCUGCCACCUUCUCCAGCUACCACUGGGCUGCCCGGAAGAGAGCAGCAUGGUCAGAACAGCACAGCAGCCCAUCAAGAAGCCCGGAGGUGAUCCGAGAGCUACCCGACUUCAUAGCCUUGGCCUCAGUGGCCGGAGGAAACUCCUCUCGGACCUCAGCCUGGAGUUUGAGGCUCUUGGAGGCGCCUUGGAGGGGAUGGAGUUCAACUCACCUUCCAGUCCCGGACACCUCGCUCAUGGUAAGAUACACAACUGAUUUCUACAGAAAGGAAUCAAAGGCGAUGUGGGUAUCUCUCUGCUUCUCCCAUUGCUCAGUUGGCAAAGAUGUUAACCAAUUCCGGGGACUUGGGAGCCAGCUGAGGUGGAAGGGAUCUAGAGUCAGCCAGUAUAGCACGUGGCGUCCAAAGUUCCCGACUCCUGCCCUGGUCGCCUCUGCUGCUCUUUCUCUGCAGGGUGCCCUCAGUCCAGAACCUGUCAGACACCCCCUUGUCUUGGCAAAGUUGUCUUGGCACAGGGACUUGGGAUUCACUCUGUUGACACCGGAGAUGAACGCAGAUCUUGCCCAGACUGCCCAAGGUUGUGCAGAUGUCUCCCAAGGCCCCUUCCUGCUUCCUCCUUGUUUCAACCAAAGCCAGACGUCUCCCUCUCAGUUCUUCUGGCUCUAGGAACCUAAGCCCCCCGCCCCCCACCCCCAAGGCCAUGUGUAGACAUCAUACCCAAACUGAACUCAACAGCGCCCCUAGAGUCUGUGCCCAGAACCUUCCUAACAGGCCCUCCUCAGGAUGCACAGCCCUGGGUGGGGGGAGCCAUCCUCAGUGGCCCCCUGUGUCCCGCCCACUCAGGGACUGGCUGGUUUUGUCCCCAGCUUCUUCUCGGCCCCCAGCCUCUGCCCACCUGCUCCCAUGGGAGCAUCAGCCCAAGGACUCCACCCUGCCAUCACUACGGUUGGGGGAGGGGGCAGAGCCCGAACUGUGACAUCAGCCCUAGGAUCACAUCCCGGCUCUGCCUUCUGCUUAUGACCUGCUCUGAGCCUCCGUUCCCAGUGAACGCGUUCAUUCACUCACGAAACAAAUCUUGAGAGCCUACUGUGUGCUAGGGGUCCAGGGUGCAGCGGUGAGAAGUACAGAAAUUCUUCCCUCCUCUGGAGGUCACAGCUUGGUCUCUGAAGCACGAGACAUGCAAAUAAUCAUGAUAGGGGACGGGGCUAUAAUGUUGGGGCCCAAGCUGGGCUCUGACGUGACUGCACAUAGAACCCUCUACCAAUUUCCCCGCUCUCAAGCAUGAUAUUAUAAAAACACAGCGACAAGCUGGGGGCUAGAGAAUUCUG